AUUCGUGUGCAACAACAAAUCGAACAUUUCAAUUGCAGUAACCAAUUCAAUAUAUCGCAUUAAUUGUAUCUCACUCACACCACUUGAACGAUCUCCCAAAUUCAAAUUAUUACAUAAUAGUUUGCAUGUGAUUCACCAUUUACGUGCAAAUAAUAUUUCAGAAACCCUAACAAUCUUGCAGUCACUUAACACGAUCGACGUAAAUCUGAAUUAUGUUACAGUUGUAAUCGUUAUGGAAUUAAUUGGUGCAUGAAGUUUGGAAGCGAUUUGAUUUUCAUGUUGUUGGAGAGGAGAUAUUGGGGAAAUAGGGGGAAUCGAGAGGGUUAAAUGGCGUUGUUGAGACGGUUUUUCUAUCGUAAGCCGCCCGAUCACCUCCUUGAGAUCACCGAGAGGGUUUUCAUCUUCGAUUGCUGCUUCUCAACUAAUGUGCUGGAAGCAGAUGCAUACAAAAUCUAUAUGGGUGGCAUUGUAACUCAGCUUCAAGAAUACUAUCCUGAUUCUUCUUUCAUGGUUUUUAACUUCAAAGAAAGUCAAGACAAAAAGACCCAAAUUUCUUCUAUAUUAUCUGAAUAUGAUAUGAAAGUCAUGGAGUACCCUUGGCAAUAUGAAGGGUGUCCCAUGUUACCAUUAGAAGUUGUCAAUCUUUUUUUGCAGUCCUGUGAUAGCUGGAUAUCACUUGCGGACAAAAAAAACGUACUUUUAAUGCACUGUGAACGAGGAGGGUGGCCGGCACUCGCCUUUAUGCUUGCCGGGCUUCUUUUAUUUAGAAAACAAUAUACGGGUGAACAAAAAACACUUGAAAUGGUAUAUAAACAAGCUCCACGCGAGCUUCUUUAUAUUUUGACGCCUUUAAAUCCUCAACCGUCACAGCUGAGGUAUCUUCAGUACAUCACCAAGAAAAAUUUAGGGAUUGACUGGCCACCCAAAGAAGCACCAUUAGCUUUGGAUUGUGUUAUACUUCGCAUCCUUCCUUUAGUUGGUGGAAAGGGUUGCCGGCCCGUUAUCCGUAUAUAUGGUCAUGACCCCUUUUCAACAGCACCUAAUAAAAGCUGUAAGCUUUUAUUUUCAACCUCAAAUGCCAAGAAUCAUGGUCGCUAUUAUCGAAUGGACGAAUGCCAGCUGGCGAAAAUAGAUGUUCAUUUUCGUGUUCAAGGGGAUAUUGUUCUUGAAUGCAUUCAUUUAGAUGAUGAUAAUGUAAAGGAGGAUAUGUUGUUCAGAGUAGUGUUCCAUACGGCUUUUAUCCGAGGGUAUGUAUUGAUGGUGGGUCGUGAUGAAGUUGAUCUUAUGUGGGAUGCCCGGGAUCAGAUGCCAAAAGACUUCAAGGCGGAGGUACUUUUUGUGGAUGCUGAUCCUCUACCAUCUAUUAUCACCAAAGACCGAGUAUCUUCUGAUGGCAGUGAGACAACUGGCAGUGGUUCGGCUGAUGAGUUCUUUGAGGUUGAAGAAAUUUUCAGUAAUGCGGUUGACUUUCAUGAUUCUAAAAUGGACCAUACAGAUUUAUUUGAAGACAACAUUCCAGGAUUUGAAGCAGGACUACAUUCAUCUCAACAUUAUGUUGAGGUUGACCCGAGUCUGCAAUUGAAGGAAGAUGUUAACAUAAAAAAUACAAUAGUCGAAAACAUUGAUGUGAAGCCUGCAAUAGUCACAGAUGUUGAUUUGAAGGCUACGGCGAUCAAAGAGGGUGAUAUGAAGUCUAAAAUAGUCAAAGACGUUGAUUUGAAAUCUACAAAGGCGGAUAUGGGUGACUCUGAUAAGGUGGCUAGCUCAGAAGUGAAAACACAUGAUUUAGUUGAGGAAAUGAAAAUUAUCAAAGAUAAAGAAGAGAAUCAAAGGGCGAAGAAGGUGGAGCCCACUUGUCGAAAAAUUUCUAAAAAAGAAAUUCCGACAGGUGUAAGACAGGCAAAACCAAAUGCUGUCUCACGGUGGAUUCCGUCUAAUAAAGGGUCGUUCAUGAAUUCAAUGCAUGUGUAUUAUCCAUAUUCUAGACAUAUGAGUGCACCACCUAUGUUGACACCAGGGAAGGAUUCUCAGUUAGUAGAUAAGAAGAAAGGAUCAAAGAAACAAGCUUCUUGUCCACCGUCUUUAGAUGUGAAACGAGUUACAAAAACUUCAGAUGGAUCACUUGAAUUGCCAAAACGUUUGAAGAAAUUGGAAUUUAAAUCAGCGGUACCCACUUCAGAACUACUGCCACCGUCGCCUCUACCUCCAGGUUCUUUGUCCAACCUCUCACAACUAGCAUUAGCCUCUACGCAGUAUGACAUUGGGGAUACAUUCUUACCACCAUUGGCGACAAGGGAUGGGAGUCCAGCAAUAUCCUUGUCACAAGCUCCACCGCUCCCGCCUCCUGCCUCCCAUUCACUUGGUGAUGGUCGUCAACCCUCGGAGUCUGUAUGUCAAACUACGUCUCCACCUUUGCCACCUCGAGUGGAUGAAGCCACAUCUACUCUACGCUCAUCUUCACCUACACCACAUGGACCCCAAUCUCUACCUUCCAUGCAAGUUGCUCCAUCUUUGCCAGAUCUACCUUCAACGUAUGAAGCUCCUACUCCAUCCAAAAUAUCCACUCCUUUUAUGCAAGGUGCUCCGGCUCCACCACCGCCUCCUCCGCCACCUUCAGUCUAUGGAACUCCAUGUCCGUCACCACCUCCACCACUAGCCUCUAUGCAUGAAGCCUCCCCUCCUUUAAGUAGUGGACACGUUGCUAUCUCACUCGUAGUCCCUAGUGCACCACCUCCUCCUCCACCUAUGCAGGCAGUACCACCUCCAUUGGGUGGUGAUGUAUCUAUACCUGUACCUCCUCCACCACCUGGUGGGGCACCUCCACCUCCUCUGCCGCCUGGAGGAGCCCCUCCACCUCCCCCAUUGCCUGGAGGGGCACCUCCACCUCCCCCAUUACGUGGAGGGCCACCUCCACCUCCCCCGCCACCUGGAGGAGCACCUCCACCUCCCCCGUUACCUGGGGGGGUACCUCCACCUCCUCCGCCACCUGGAGGAGCCCCUCCCCCUCCCCCAUUGCCUGGAGGGGCACCUCCGCCUCCCCCGUUACCUGGAGGGGCACCUCCGCCUCCCCCGUUACCUGGAGGGGCACCUCCACCUCCCCCGCCACCUGGAGGAGCACCUCCGCCUCCCCCGUUACCUGGAGGGGCACCUCCACCUCCCCCACCACCCGGGGGAGCAAGGGGACCACCACCACCACCAGGAGCACCUGGACCCCCACCACCACCUGGAGCACCCGGACCUCCAGGCGGACCUCCACCUCCACCUGGCCGACUAGGUGGUGGCCUCGGUAGAGGGCGUGGACGUGGAGGACCUGCAGUGAAGAAAUCAAACCUAAAGCCAUUGCACUGGAACAAGGUUGCAAGGGCUUUACAAGGAAGCUUGUGGGCGGAACUUCAAGGACAAUGUGCGCCAGAUUUUGAUAUAUCAGAACUUGAGACACUUUUCUCUAACAUAGCCCCGAAAAAAGCUGCUCCUAAAGCGGCUGAUAAGAAGGCUACCAGUUCAAAACCGGAAAAAGUUCAACUGAUUGAUCUGAGGAGGGCUUAUAACACAGAAAUCAUGCUUACAAAGGUUAAAAUGCCUCUUCCUGAUAUGGUGGAUGCAGUUUUAGCUAUGGAUGACACACUUUUAGAUGUUGAUCAAGUAGAAAAUAUUCUUAAAUUCUGUCCUACAAAAGAAGAAAUGGAACAACUGAAGAAUUAUACAGGUGACAUAGAUAGAUUGGGCAAGUGUGAACAUUUUUUUCUGGAGCUAAUGAAGGUGCCACGUAUGGAGUCGAAAUUAAACGCUUUUUUGUUCAAAAUUCAGUUCAAAGCUCAGCUUGCAGAUUUUAAAAAGAGUUUAGACAUAGUAAACUCUGCAUGUGACGAGGUCCGGAAGUCCCACAAAUUUAAGGAAAUCGUUAAGAGAAUUUUAUAUCUGGGGAAUACAUUAAAUCAAGGAACCGCUAGAGGUGCUGCAGUCGGUUUCAAGUUGGAUAGUCUUUUAAAACUGACAGAUACACGAGCUUCAAACAGCAGGAUGACUUUAAUGCAUUAUCUCUGCAAGGUUCUUGCCUCCAAAUCACCGACGCUUUUAGAUUUCCAUGAGGAUCUUGUUAGCCUAGAAGCUGCAACAAAGAUACAAUUGAAAACUUUAGCGGAAGAAAUGCAAGCGCUUACCACCGGGCUGAAAAAAGUGAAACAAGAACUAGAUGCAUCUGCAAAUGAUGGUCCAAUAUCUGAAGGUUUUCACAAGACAUUGAAGGAGUUCGUUGACAAUUCUGAGGCGGAGGUGACGAAUGUAACAAAUUACUAUACCGUUGUGGGUAGAAAUGCUGAUGCAUUGGCCCUAUAUUUUGGUGAAGACCCUAGUCGUUGCCCUUUCGAACAAGCUACUCUAACCCUUUUCAACUUUGUGAGACUGUUUAAUAAAUGCCAUGAGGAGAACCUUAAACAGGCUGAACUUGAAAGAAAGAAAGCCGAAAAGGAGGCUCAAAUGGAGAAAGCAGGUGCAAAAAAAAGCGGUUGAGAAGUAAACAAACAACGCGCGUAAAAAAAUAUGGAUUUCACUGGUUCCUUAUGCAAAAAGACAACCUGUCUAGUCAAUGAAGAAUUUGCAAGCCUGCUGCCAACCUGACCAGAAACCGAAAUGCAACUGACGAUGAUGAUGAAAAAAGUCAAACUGUCUGGUCAAUUAGGAUUUUACGGGUUCUUCAUAACAGGCUUGCAAAACUCCUGCAAAUAGUUGUGCUGUAAAUACGUAUGCAGGGCACCGAGACGAAGGCACUGUUCCAACAUUGUAGAUUAUAUGAGGGAUCAAGAUUAUAACCUUCAUGAAACCAUAGUUGUAUGUGUUCUCAGGAAGCACACAUACCCCAUCUGGCCAUAAAUAGUGGUUUCGGUUGGCUGCUCGUGGGGCCCAGAUCAGGAUCCGAGCCAUGACAGUGUAUAGUAUAACCUUAUACAGAUUUCUAACGACCAACUUACCCGUAUACGUUUACUCAUCAUUGUAUCAUACCACAUUCUGGUUGUUCGUUUGGUUCCCUCUAAUUAAACGAGUUUUUAAUGGGGUAUCGAACGGGUGACAGGAAUUUGAUGUAUAUAAAACUUAAAAUGGGAUAUAAAAUAGGAAGUACUGAUUGUAAUUGUUGUACCCAUAAGAUGUAGGUUGCAGUUAAAAAAACAAGGAAUUUGUUGCUUCUCCUUUUAUUUUGAGUGAGAUUUUGGUUGAGGAUUAUGAUUAUAUAUUCUUUUUCUAGCGUUUGUGUACUACAUUGUAACAUAAUGUUGCAUAAAUGAACUAAAAUGAUUUGUUUUCA